CCCAUUUCAAGGCUGCUUAAUCUGUCAAUCAACGCCAAGCCACACCCGCCUCAAGUACGUUCUUUCUGUCAAUCACCGCCAGGCCACGCCUCCCCGUGCGUCUUACACAAACAGCAGCAGCUCGAGAGAGUAAAUAGAGAAAAGAUGGCGGAGUUCAUUCAGCUCAACAAACCCACCGAACCGAAACCAGCGUCCCAGAACCGGGAGCACCAUCCUCAUCCUCCACCGGCCAAGAAGAUUCGACAUGAGGAUAAAAUAUUCAAAGCCAAGAAGAUGAACGGAGACGCGGAGCAGCAGAAUUACAGCAGCAAACCGAAAAACAAGAAAACCAAAACAGAGAAAGACAGAGACCGAGAAAAAGAUAGAGAGAGGGAGAAAGAGAAAGGCAAAGAGAAAGAGAGAGAGAGGAAGAAACACAAACUGGCGGCUGAAAAUCACCUCAGCGUGAAAAAGGAGAACGGAGAGCUGAAGCUGUCGCAGAAAGAUCACACUAUCAAAGAAAAACAGAGAGACAGAGAUGGCGAGAAGAAGAGAGAGAGAGAGAAGGACAGAGACAAGGAGCAGGAAAAAGAGAUGAAGGAGAAAAGAAAACAUAAGCUGAUGAUGGAGGUGAAGAGAGAGAAUGGAGAGGUGAAGAUCCUGCAGAAAGGUGACCGAGAGAAGCCGAAGAUCGACUCCGCUGAGGAUUUGCUGAUGAAAAAGAUCAAAAAGAAAAAGAAAAAGAAACACAAAGAAGGUGAAAAGAGGAAGCGGCCCAAGAUGUACAGCAAAUCUAUCCAGACGGUGUGUUCUGAUCUCCCCAAAUCUGGCUCGGAUUUCAAGCCGCCGCCGCCUCCGGUCCAGCAGGGCGGCACUCUGACCUCCGUUAGCAGCCUGAAGCAGGACUGCAGCGACGGCGAGGUGCGAGCUGCUAAACUGCCCGGUCUGGACCGGCUGGAGUUCGGCUGUCUGGUUCACGUGGAGCACCAGCCCAACGGAGGCGCUCUGGUGGCUCACGCCUACAUCAAGGAGCUGUCUGUCCUGUCUCCUGUGGAGAUGCAGAGGUUCGCGCAGGAGUUUGUGACGCUAUCGUUUAGCGAGGACCAGGACGGAGCCGCUAACUACGUGAUGGGCGUGAUUCACGGCGCUGCCUCCUACCUCCCAGACUUCCUCGAGUACUUCUCUACAAAGUUCCCUAACUCCCCCGUCAAAAUGGAGAUCCUAGGGAAGAAGGACAUUGAGACGACUACUAUGGCAAACUUCCACGCUCAGGUGAGGAGGAGUUACUCUCAUGGAACGUACCGCGCCGGCGCUAUGAGGCAGAUCAGUCUGGUGGGUGCCGUGGAUGAAGAGGUGGGCGAUUAUUUCCCAGAGUUCCUCAAUAUGCUGGAGAAGUCGCCCUUCCUGGAGCGGACACUGCCGUGGGGGACAUUCUCCAGUCUGAAGCUGAAGAGCCCAACAGAGAGCGAUGAUGGGCCCAUCAUGUGGGUUCGGCCUGGAGAGCAGAUGAUCCCGGUCACAGACAUGCCAAAGUCUCCCUUCAAACGGAAACGGUCGACUAAUGAAAUUAAGAAUCUUCAGUAUCUGCCACGAACCAGUGAGCCACGUGAGAUGCUGUUUGAGGACCGGACCAGAGCUCACGCUGACCACAUCGGUCAAGGGUUCGAACGCCAGACCACUGCUGCUGUGGGAGUGCUGAAAGCUGUCCGCUGCGGGGAAGGUGCUGAUCCUCCACGCAUAACCAAAGACGUGAUCUGUUUCCACGCAGCUGAUUUCCCUGACGUGGUUCAGCGGCUGCAGCUAGAUCUUUACGAGCCGCCUCUUUCUCAGUGUGUGCAGUGGGUGGACGAUGCUAAACUCAAUCAGCUGAGGCGAGAGGGAAUCCGCUACGCUCGAAUCCAGCUCUACGAUAACGACAUCUACUUCAUCCCUCGCAACGUAGUUCAUCAGUUCAAGAGCGUGUCGGCCGUGUGCAGCCUCGCCUGGCACGUGCGUUUGAAGCAGUACCAUCAGCCGCCCGAAGAAGAGCAGACUCGUGAGGCAGACGAGCUGAAGCAGCACAUCAAGCAGGAGUCGGCUGGAGAGAACGGCAGAGCUGCAAGCACAGACUGCAGACCGGUACCGGAGCCGUUCUGCGUAACACAAAUAAAGAUGGAGCGGGCGGAGCUGCUCGCUGACAGACCACCCAAGCCUCCUCCUGGAAGUAGCAGCUCGACUCCGCCUCUUGUCUCUUCUGACGGCCGACCCAAAGCGCACCACGCGGCAGAAUGUCCGAGCGCUUUGUCACGCAACUCCACAGCCGGUCCACACACACCCAAACACACGAACACACCAGCACCAACCAAGCACUCGCACACAUCAACACCAACCAAACACACACACACCUCCGCAUCCAGAUAUCUCCAUUCUUCCUCUGUCCACAAAUCAGGCCACACGCCCUCAACACCAACUAAACUCAGUCAUUCUGCCAACACAACCAAACCAACACAAGUGGCUAAUAUAACCAAACCAACACACCUUACUAAUCGAACCAAACCCACACCACCUACUAACGCAACCAAACCAACACAACUGGCUACCAUAACCAAGCCCAUGCUACCGACUAACACAACCAAACCCACACACUCUGCGAACGCAGCCAAACACACACUCCUCCACACUAAUAACCAAACCUGGCCCUAAACUGAGCUCUGGACUGUCAAUCAGCUGGACUGCUCCGCCCCUGACCCAGGC